AACUAUUGGGGACGAAAGUAAAUCACCAACUUGGAGUGGAGUGACAGACUUUUGAGUAGAGAAACGUGGACUGAAGAAGAGAAAAUGUGGCGCCGGAGCUUUAGCGCGACGCCUGGUCAAUUGACUAAGAAGAAAUGGGACGCGUUGGUGAUCGGCGGCGGCCACAACGGUUUGGUAGCUGCAGCUUACCUAGCGCGCGGCGGUCUCUCCGUGGCAGUUCUCGAGCGACGCCACGUCAUCGGCGGGGCGGCAGUGACGGAGGAGAUCGUUCCGGGCUUCAAAUUCUCACGCUGCAGUUACGUCCAGGGACUAAUUCGUCCAUGCAUCAUUAGUGAUUUGGAGUUAGGCAGACACGGGCUUAAGCUUCUGAAGAGGAGUCCUGCGUCGUUUACGCCUUGUUUGGAUGGGCGUUAUCUUCUUCUAGGCCCAGAUCAGGCGCUUAACCACUCUGAGAUUUCCAAGUUCUCGAGAAGUGAUGCUGAAGCUUACCCAAGAUACGAGAAGCAGCUAGAGAGGUUUGGUAGAUUCAUGGAUACUCUCUUGGAUGCAGCUCCUCCAGAGUCUCUGCAAGGUGACUCUUCUUUUAAUGACAAGCUGAGCAAUAAGUUGCACAAAUCUGCUUUCUGGGCUCGGUGUCUCCGCCAAGCAGCUUCUUUGGGGCAAAAGGAUAUGGUGGACUUCAUGGAUCUUCUAUUGGCCCCAGCUUCAAAAGUUUUGAACAACUGGUUUGAGUCUGAUGUCCUGAAGGCGACUCUUGCAACAGAUGCUGUGAUUGGAUCUACGGCCAGUGUCCAUACUCCUGGAAGUGGAUAUGUCUUGCUACAUCAUGUGAUGGGAGAAUCAGAUGGAGAGCAUGGCAUUUGGUCUUACGUCGAAGGUGGGAUGGGCUCUGUCUCCAUGGCUAUAGCCAAUGCUGCAAAGGAAGCUGGCGCUCAAAUUUUCACAAACGCAGAGGUUUCUGAAGUGUUGACUGAGGAUUCUAGCAGCGUGAAAGGGGUUUUGCUUGCUGAUGGUACACGGGUGGAAUCAUCGGUUAUAUUGUCCAAUGCAACCCCUUACAGAACUUUUGUGGAGCUGGUUCCGUCCAAUGUUCUUCCUGAAAAGUUCGUCAGUGCUAUAAAGAACUCAGAUUACAGCUCAGCAACUACCAAAAUAAACAUGGCUGUUGACAAGUUACCGCAGUUCCAAUGCUGUAACAACACUAAUCAUUCGGGACCAGGACCAGAGCAUUUCGGCACUAUACACAUUGGUGCAGAGACCAUGGACGAGGUUCACACAGCAUGUCAUGAUGCUGAAAACGGCUUACCAUCAAGAAGACCAGUGAUCGAAAUGACUAUUCCAUCCACACUAGACAAUACCAUAUCUCCUCCAGGGAAACAUGUAAUCAACUUGUUCAUCCAAUACACUCCUUACAAGCCAUCAGAUGGAACCUGGGAAGAUCCUGUGUAUCGAGAAGCAUUUGCACAAAGAUGUUUCAAAUUGAUUGAUGAAUAUGCACCUGGGUUUAGCUCAUCCGUCAUUAGCUACGAUAUGCUGACUCCUCCCGAUCUCGAAAGGGAAAUUGGUCUAACAGGAGGAAACAUCUUUCACGGUGCCAUGGGAUUAGAGUCUCUCUUCUUGAUGCGGCCGGUGAAAGGAUGGUCGAACUACAAAAGUCCUUUGAAAGGACUCUACUUGUGCGGAAGUGGAGCUCACCCCGGAGGUGGAGUUAUGGGCGCACCGGGAAGAAACGCAGCUCUUGUUGUUCUUCAAGACUUGAAAUAAAUCUAGAGACGUCAAUGUUAACUGUAUCUGUUUAGGAGGACUCUUUGACUUCAACUUAAAAACUUCUGUUGCUUUGUACUUCGCUGUCUCUCUUGGUAAGGACAGAUGUGUUACUAUCCAAUAAGAAGCCUCCACGUG